AUGCCUCCAAAGAAGUUGUACUUCUCUAAGGGUUUCGUGGAUCCACAGGACCGUCAGCCAGGAGAAGACUCCCUCUUAGCUGAGGGCUUCGACUGGCCAGCCAUCCGCUCUGAUGUACCACCACCGACGUACUCAACACCAGUGCCAUCUGCUGAGGAUGUUCUGGCCUACAGUACAGAGUUCAUCAUCCAGGAGACCGGUCGGACUUCACGAGCUAAGUCAGCAUCUAGAAUGUCAAUAAAUCAUGAUAAGACUACCCUUUGCAUCCACUCUUCCUUCGUGCUGUUCCCCUGU